AGAAAUGUAGAUAGAAAAUUUAUAGUAAUAUAAUUUAAUAAACGUUAUACAGGAAUGUCCUGAAUGUUGGAUGACAGGGUUAGACAGCAGCAGCAUACCUUCCAGGUUUCAAUAUACACUCUUUAUCGUCGUGGAGAAAUUAGCAGCGAGUGGUUACGGUGGUUUCGUGCCAAGAACAAGCGGUCACAUUGUACUGAGCUUUGUUCUUAUACUCAUUGGUAGAGUGCUCGAAUGUUACAUUGCAGUGAUGCUGAUUCAAAUAAAAGCAGGAAAACAAGCAUCGGAAUCGAAAUUUCAAGAAAUAAUAAAUCAGUUAUGCGCUUACACGAGUCAAAAGCAAUUACCAAAGCAUAUGAAGAUUCGUCUUCUGGCUUAUUACUAUUAUCGUUUUAGGAAUAGUUACUUUCGCGAAAAGUCUAUCUUAUCUAAUUUAUCAGAACAAUUACGUCAAGAGAUUGCGCUUCAAUCGAGCCAUCGUUUAGUCGAAAAUGUAACAAUAUUCAAAGACUUACCCAAAUACGUUUUACGAUCCAUCAUAAAGAAUUUGAAAUUCGAGCUUUAUCUACCGAACGACGUGAUCAUCAAAGCAGGAGCUUAUGGCGAUUGUAUGUUCUUUUUAUCUGCUGGGACUGUCGCUGUACUAACACCCACUGGCAAAGAGAUCUGUCACCUGGACGACGGAGCCCAUUUUGGAGAAGUAGCGCUUCUAGUUGGUGAACAAAGAAGAGUCGCAAGCGUGAUCGCGAUUGAAGUGUGCGAGGUGUACCGUUUGGAUCGCAAAGAUUUUCGAAAGUGCAUCUCCGUGCACACGGAAUUAUUCGCGAAGAUCGAGAGACUCGCGACCGAGAGGAUCGAGAGAGCUAUGAUCAUUGAAGAACACCAUAAACGUCAUCUUAAGCGAAGUUCUGUUCAAGCUGAUAGAAAAACUGUAGGACGUUACUAAAAAGAGAAUAGUUCGAAUAAUACGUAAUAUUAUACUCAAUAAUAAUAAAUGUUAAUAUAGUAAUUAUGUUAAUAAUUCUUGUAAUUAUUAAAUAAACAAUGUGAUAUAAAGAUUUAAAUGCAACAAAAUAUUGUUAGAAAAAUUCACAUACCUAUUAAUUACGAGAAAGAAUAAUCCUCAUCAAGAAGUCGCUGAUAGCAACAAAGUUCCUCGAUAAGAAAAAUAAUCAUGCUAAUCGUUUAAUCAUAUAUUUAAGGAUCUUAUAUAUUAUUAUUG